UGGGAUAAAGGAUUAUUCUUCUCUCUCUCUCAUGAGUUUGAGUUUGUUUGUGUGUGGUUUAUAAAUAGGAGAAAGUGAUGAGAAAUGGGAGAGAAGGGAGAUAAUAAUAUAAAUUAAGUAGUAGUAGAAUUAUGGGAAGAGGGAGAGUGGAGCUGAAGAAGAUAGAGAACAAAAUAAAUCGACAGGUUACGUUCACCAAGAGGAGAAAUGGGCUUCUUAAAAAGGCCUACGAGCUCUCAAUUCUCUGCGAUGCCGAAGUUGCCCUCAUCAUCUUCUCCACUCGCGGCAAACUCUACGAAUUCUCCAGCUCCUCAAGUAUAGCCAAGACUUUGGAGAGGUAUCAAAGGCACAGCUAUGGCGCAUUGGAACCCUCCCACCAUCCCAAGGACACUCAGAGAUGGUACCAGGAGUAUUUGAAGCUCAAAGCAGAAGUGGAAUCCCUCCAGCAUUCUCAGAGGCGAUUUCUUGGGGAGGAAUUAGAUGAUCUGGAGACCAAGGAACUUGACCAACUUGAGAUCCAAUUAGAAAUGUCUCUGAAGCAAAUCAGGUCCGCAAAGAGUCAAACGAUGUUUGAUCAGUUAUCUGAUCUUCAAAAAAAGGAAGAGUUGCUGCUGGAAACAAAUCAAGCUUUGAGGAGGAAGUUGGAGGAAAGUAAUGCAGCUCUUCAUUGGACAUGGGAAGCUUCAGAUCAGCACAGUUUGCAAUACAGCCGACAAGCUGAGGGCUUUCUUCAACGCAAUAACAUUGUUGCAUUGGAAAAUAGUUACCAUCCUGCAGAAGUUUCAAAUCAAGAAAAUGGCAUAAACUCUGGGCCAGAACCAGAAGCUGCUAGUGGGUUUCCUUCACACUGGAUGAUGCUUUGAUCUUCACAAAACAAAACCAAUUAAUACUUUAUAAUUUCAACCAUAUAUAUUCAAUAUAUAUCACAACAAUAUUAUAUAAUAAUAUAUGAACCAAAUCUCUCACAGGAUGUCACCCAUUUGCAUCAAUUGUUCAUGUGUUCUUUCUUCUUUUCAAACUAUUAUUCUCAAUUUGAGCCUAAAACUCAUUUACUUUUUUCGCGCUCUUCGAUUGAAAUGUAUUGUGGGAGAGAUUUGAUCUUGGUUGAGAAUAUA